AUGGGCACAUCCACUAACCGUGAUAAAGGUGGACAUUUCAUGCCCAUCACGCACAUAUACGACCCUGUACUGGACAUUGAAACCUCCUUCGAUCCAGAUGUGUUUUCAUUUCUUCAAGACUCGGACGAAGGUCUUGGUGGGCCAGGAUGCUAUUCGAACUCCAUUGUCUUGUACCCCUCCGAGUUGUCGAUAUCCUGGCCUAGCUACUUGCCCUGCUGUAGACAGAGCAAGCACUGGAAAAUAGCAGAAAGCAUGACCAAGGAACUGCUGGACGCUAUAUACGAGGAUUCGGGUCGAGUGGCUCGAGAUAAUGGAGUAAUGCCUCCGGAGCUUCAAGACGCAUCAUCGGAUGUUAGGAGGAAGGAGGUAGAGAUUAUGGCGACAUCAGUGAAGUCGACGGCGUAUAUGUAUCCGAAUGCGAGUCCGGUACGUGCGGGCAUGUUAAGUCAGUCUAUGUUGCUUGUGUUUCUGCAUGAUGAUGUUGUGGAAAGCUCUCCGUUGGACGCUGGAUCCACAAUCACCGACGCCAUUUUCGCCCCAUAUGGCACCGCACAGAAGCGUUGCGAGGCUUUGCGGAGCUACUUGGCAGCAAUCGUUGAGGAAGACCCGAGCCUGGGGAAGAGGCUCCUCUCCAGCGUACUCACCUGGCUCAAUCAUACUAAGGGGUAUCGGUCGAUCGCGCUGACGGUCUUUGAGUCGCUGAGAAAUUAUCUAGAUUUUCGAUCGGAUGAUAUUGCUCAGGAAUUUAUCUUAACUCAAACUAUGUUUGCUUGCAACAUCCACCUUUCCGAAACCGAGAUACAAGUAUUCAGCAAGUUGAUCCGGAUAUAUGUGACUCACAUCUCUCUUACGAAUGAUCUUUACUCCUUCCGAAGGGAAAAUGAAGAGUACGAGCGAACCGGCGCACUGCUAAUCAACGCGGUCGACGUCAUACGCAAGGAAUACCAGGUCUCUCUGGUGACGGCGAAGCAGUUUGCCCGGGGAUUUAUCUUGGACACGGAGUGUGAGUUCUCCGGGGAGUUCAAAAUGCUAAUAUCGUCGGGCCUUCUGAAUGAUGGUCAGAUCCGGUUUGCGAAGGCGCUGGCUGAAUGCCUUGCCGGACAGAUCUUUUACUCGAUCACUUCUGAUCGAUAUGGAGGGGGAAAGGCUGCGAGGGUGAUUUCUGCGUGA